AUGGCGCUUACGGCCUCUACAGUUGGAGUUUCUCAGAAAGUGGAACAGAACUUCCUAGGAUCUGGAAGCAGUACACAGACUUUCUCUCGCUACCAGGAAAUCCCUUCAGUAGUGGAUAAACCUCAAAGACGGUGUAUCCUUGGAAGAACCUAUCUGGAUGACACUCACGACAGACUCCUCAGGAUCAGGGUGGAGUGCUCAUCUAGGGCUCCAGACCACCUCAGCAUUCUGGAUGAUAGAAGAAAAUCAACUAUCUUCAAAUGUGAAAGAGCUAGCCUAUGUGUUCCCACCAACCUUGAUGAUUCCGAGGGUCUUACCAAGAUCAAGCAAGAUCAGGCCAUGGUAAUAGCGAUCAUUCCAUUUUGGCCGAAGAGGUUGUGGUUUUCUGUUCUGAUGAUGAUAUCUCAGGGAAUCUAUUGGGAGUUGGCCCUGCGACCAGACCUUGUCUCUCAGGGAACCCAGUUUUGCCACAGCCUAAAAACUUUCCACCUAACAGCCUGGAAGUUGCCCUUGGUCAUUAACCGCUUCUCUCAGAAAGUUGUUGCUCCCUCUCCUGUCUCUGGUCAUGGAGCGUAUAAUGCAUCAUCAGAAAAAGCUUUUCACUUUUUAGGAUUUGGUGAUCAAGGAAAGCUUCAGAUUUUCUUCUUUCCAGUCUUCCUGUCUAUGUAUCUAAUCACUGUUUCAGGGAACCUGGGAAUCAUGCUGCUUAUAGUGGCAGAUACUCAUCUGCACACACCGAUGUAUAUUUUCCUUUGUAACCUGGCAUUUAUUGACCUUUGGUAUUCUUCAGGCAUCACACCUAAAAUGUUGGCUGAUUUAGUUACAGUGGAGAAAAGAAUAUCGUAUAUUGGGUGUGCAUGCCAAAUGUAUUUCUUCGUUGCCCUUGGGAGUAGUGAAAGUUUUUCACUUGCAGUCAUGGCCUUUGAUCGCUAUGUAGCCAUAUGUAAUCCUCUCCUUUACCUGAAGAUCAUGACCAGGAUGAAGUGUGUUCAGUUGAUAAGUGGAUCCUAUGUGGGCGGCUUUCUUCACUCUUUAAUACAGACAUGUUCUACUUUUCGUCUUUUAUUCUGCGGUUCUCAUUACAUUCGCCAUUUCUUUUGUGAUAUUCCACCUCUGCUGAAGCUGUCCUGUUCUGACACCAUUAUAAAUGAAUUCAUUCUGUCUAUUUUUGCAUCUUCUGUCACUUUCACUUCCAUUAUUGUGAUUGUCACUUCUUAUAUUGCCAUUUUACAAGCUGUAUUUAGAGGUAACUCUUCCAAAGGGAGACAUAAAGCCUUUUCCACUUGUGCCUCUCACUUCACCUGUGUAAUUCUAUUCUACAGCACAGUUAUCUUCAUGUAUAUGAGGCCGAGUUCUAUAUAUUCCUUAGAACAAGACAGAAUUGUUUCUAUAGUUUAUACAUUGGUUAUUCCUAUGCUAAACCCUCUUAUAUACAGCUUGCGGAAUCGAGAAAUAAAGCUAGCACUGAAGAGGAUAAAAGCAUUCUAA